CACUGGCCUCCUUGCUUACAUCUAGCCUGACAGGGGAAUACAUCCCGCCAAGGUCCUGGUGAAACACACACAGCGCUGCUGGACUUUAAGGCCAUGGCUCUUCUUCAGGACAAUAAGGAUCUUAUUUCCAAAGCAAUUAAGGAAUUUAAUACUCUGCUGGGGCAGCAGAUCUUCCCUGAUCCUCCAAUCCCUGAAGAAGCCAUGGAGACCAUAGCGCAGGACUGGGUGAACUUCUAUGUCAACUACUACAGGCAGCAGGUGACUGGGGAGCAGCAAGAGCAGGAUAUGACUCUGAAGGAACUUCGACAACAGCUGAAUAUUCUGUCUACCCCCUUUGUGGCCAAAUACAAGGCCUUCCUGAAGACCUUGUGAGCACCUGCAUCACCUACUACUUUUCGCUUCCCCUGGAGACCUGCAUCUCUGAGAAAUCAUUUCAUUGGCCCCUGUGUUUAAGUCCUCAGGCUCUGCUCCUUGGUGGUGAGCUCUACUUUGCCACUUCAAUAAAG